AUGACCCAAUCUCAAGCACGUCGCAAUGAGCCUAUUGCAAUCGUUGGCAGCGGCUGCCGCUUUCCCGGUAGUGCCAGCAGUCCUUCGAAGCUCUGGGAACUUCUGAAGACCCCGAGGGACUUGGGGAGGAAAGUCCCUAAGGAGAGGUUCAACGUGGAUGCUUUCUAUCAUCCUGAUGGAGCCCACCAUGGUCGCACGAACGCACGAUUUGCCUACUUUCUUGACGAAGACCCUUACACCUUUGACCCAUCUUUCUUCAACAUUCCACCCAAUGAAGUCGACACGAUCGAUCCUCAACAGCGUCUCCUCCUAGAGACCGUCUACGAAGGUCUCUCCUCUGCGGGCCUCAAGGUAGAAGACCUUCGAGGCUCUCCCACCGCCGUCUACGUUGGGAUGAUGCAACGUGAUUUCCUCGACCACCAAAACUACGAUCUCGAUGCCCUCAACAUCUAUGCCGCCACCGGCACAUCCGCAUCUAUUCUUUCCAACAGAGUUUCCUACGUUUUCGAUUGGCACGGUCCGAGUAUGACUUUUGAUACCGCCUGCAGCUCCUCCCUCGUCGCUGUCCACCACGCCAUCGAGCACCUUCGAACGGGCUUAAGUCAGGUCGCCAUUGCUGCUGGCUCGAACUUGAUCCUGGGUCCGGUUCCAUUUAUCUCAGCCAGUAAGCUGAACAUGUUCUCACCCACUGGCCGUUCUCGAAUGUGGGAUGCUGCCGCGGAUGGGUAUGCUAGAGGCGAAGGCGUUGCCGCGGUCGUCCUGAAAACUCUCAGUCAGGCGAUCGCAGACGGGGACACUAUCGAGUGUGUUAUUCGUGAGAGCGGCAUCAACCAAGACGGCAAAACUGCGGGAAUCACAAUGCCGAACCAUGCAGCACAGGAAGCUCUCAUUCGCGAAGUCUACAAGCGAGCAGGCCUCGAUGUGACCAAGCCCGAAGACCGCUGCCAAUACUUCGAAGCGCACGGAACAGGCACUCCGGCAGGGGAUCCUCAAGAAGCCCAAGCCAUCUCUUCUGCUUUCUUCGGGGACAGGCAGCGUGCUGUCGAUGAAGACGCUCUGUACGUGGGUAGCAUCAAAACUGUCAUCGGGCAUACUGAGGGUACGGCUGGUAUUGCCGGCCUGCUCAAAGCUUCGCAGGCCAUUCAGCAUGGUCUACUACCGCCAAAUAUGCUAUUCAAUGAGCUAAGCCCGAGGGUGGCGCCAUUUUACUCCGAUCUCCAGCUAGUCACGAAACUCCAGCCCUGGCCCGAGCUCAAGUCCAACCAACCGCGACGAGUGAGUGUCAACUCGUUCGGAUUCGGCGGUACUAAUGCCCACGUAAUCGUGGAGUCCUAUAUUCCCGCCUCGAAACCAGCAAUUGAUGCGCCCCCAACCCCAUCCCUUGCCCCGAUCACGCUCUCCGCCAAUUCAGAAGCCUCGCUGAAGGCCUCUAUGGAGGAGUUGAGUCAAUUUAUCAAAAGCCAGCCCAGCUUACGCCUACAAGACCUCGCCUGGACACUGCUGAGAAAGCGAUCGAACCUUCAAGUCCGCCAUGCUAUCCCAGCCAAGACGGUGCACUCUCUGUGCGAGGCUCUCGAGCGCGAUGCCGCUUUGGUGCAAGGGAAGCAGAGCAUCGCAACGGUCUCGGAUGUCAAGACCAAGCCCGAAGUGCUUGGUAUUUUCACCGGUCAGGGUGCCCAGUGGCCGACCAUGGGCAAGGCUCUCAUCUCGGAAGUGCCUUAUGCCCGCGAUAUUAUCCUAGAGCUGGACCAAUCUUUGCAGGACUUGCCAGAGGAAUACCGGCCCACGUGGAAGCUCUUGGAUCAGCUCUUCCUCGAGGGGGCAGACUCCAAUGUACAUGACGCCACCUUCUCGCAACCUCUCUGCUGUGCCGUCCAGAUCAUGCUCACAAAGCUUCUCCAAGCUUCCGGAGUGACGUUCAAGGUUGUCGUCGGCCACAGCUCGGGAGAGAUUGCUUGCGCAUUCGCCGCCGGCUUCAUAUCGGCGUCCCAAGCAAUUCGGAUUGCAUACCUUCGCGGCCUCACGUCGAGGCAUGCAGGUGGGCCGAACGGUAUCGAGGGCGCUAUGAUGGCCGCAGGCACCUCCUUUGACGAUGCAGUUGACCUAUGCGCUCUCGAGGCCUUUGAGGGCAGAAUGACUGUGGCAGCAAGCAAUGCGCCGGAAAGCGUUACCCUGUCCGGAGACAGAGAUGCCAUCCUCGAGGCUCAAGAGAUUUUCAACGACGAGUCAAAGUUCAACCGCCUCCUCAAGGUGGACAAGGCUUACCACUCUCACCACAUGCGUCCUUGCGCCGAGCCCUAUGUUGCAGCUCUCAAAGCUUGUGGCUGCGACGAGUUCAGUAUGGAUGUCGCACCCACGGCCACCUGGAUCUCGUCGGUCUACGAAGGCAAGCUCAUGAAGACUGAGGAUCUCAAGGCUGAGUAUUGGAGUGCUAACCUACUCUCUCCCGUUCUUUUCUCUUAUGCCGUCGAACAGGCCCUGGUAAAGCACAUGCCGCUCGAUAUUUGCGUCGAAGUGGGAGCUCACCCGGCUCUGAAGAAUCCUAGUCUCCAGACCAUUGAAAACUGCGCCGGUGCUCCGCUUCCAUAUGUGGGCUGCAUGGAGCGGAGCAAGGAUGACGUUGAAGCCUACUCUUCGUGCUUGGGCUACAUAUGGUCGCGCUUUGGCUCAGCUGCUGUCGACGUCGACAGCCUGUACAGCAGUCUCUCAUUGGAUGUCGAUACCCAAGACUUGUCCAAAGAACUUCCGUGCUAUACUUGGGACCAUCACCGCUCGUACCGAAAGGAGUCCCGCGCGCUUCGCAGUUGGCUUGGAGCAGAACGCCCCCAUCUUCUGCUCGGCAAGCAACUCGUCCACAGCAGUCCGUCAUCGAUACAGUGGCAGAACUUUAUCCGGCAGCGUGAUAUCGAAUGGCUCGAUGGCCACUCCCUACAGGGCCAGACUGUGUUUCCGGGCGCAGGAUACGUGGUCAUGGCCAUGGAGGCUGCCGUGAAGCAGGCCGGUGAUCGAGAGGUUCAGCUUCUGGAAGUCCUGAACCUCUCGAUCGACAAGGCCGUGACGUUUGAGGACGAGAACAGCAUGGUCGAGAUCAACCUCACUCUAGACAUCGACCUAUCGCAGACCACAGACACUUACGCUGUGUACAGCUUCGUCAUCAACUCUUGCCUCGCCAGAGAAACCGGUCUUACUCGCUCGGCGGCUGGGACGGUCGCUGUGACCUAUGGAUCAGGAUCACCUGAAAGCCUUCCUCCCCCACAGGGCGAGCCGCCUCACCUGAACAAUGUUAGCAUCGACAGAUUCUACACCAUGCUCAGUGAGAUCGGGUACGGGUACACCAAGCAGUUCCGCGGCGUCAGCAACCUCAGACGCGGCGACAGCAAGGCUUGCGGCACCAUCGCCUUCCACCGUCUGGAGGACAACCACCGCAACAUGGUCCUCCAUCCUGCCACCCUCGACGUGGCCUUCCAAAGCUUCAUCGGAGCAUACACUGCCCCUGGCGACCGACGCCUGCGAUCUCUCCUGGUGCCGACUGGAAUUGACCGCAUUGCGCUGAACCCGUGGGUCGCGGAUCGAAUCCACGCCCUGUCCAGCCAGGUGGAGUUCAUCUCCACCAGUGCGGCGAGCGUCGGAAACACCGUGGCAGGAGACAUUGAAGUCUUCGACCCGGAGACCGACGCCACCAUGAUCCACAUCGAGGGCCUCAGCUUCAAGCCAUUCUCCCCGCUCUCGGCUGCCGAUGACCAUGAAAUGUUCUCCAAGUGGAGCUGGGGUCCCAUCAACCCUGAGCCCUUGCUCGAUGACAGCAAAUACCACGCCACCGAGCAGGACAGGAAGGACGUGGCAGUCAUUGAGCGAAUUACGUACUGGUACAUCAAAGCGUUCCUCGCGAGCCUCACGGCGGAAGACCGCGAGAACGCCGCCUUUCACUUCACGAAGCAUAUCCAGUGGUGCGAGUAUAUCAUCGCCGAGACCGAGGCGGGCCGCAAUGUGUGGUACGAAGCAGGCUGGGAGCAGGACACGAAAGCUGAUAUCGAGGACAUGAUUCGAGAAAACGUGGCGCAUCCCUUCGUCCGCCUCAUCCAGAGAGUCGGCGAAGGCGCCUUGGAGACCCUUCGCAACAACGAGAACGCCUUUGACCUGAUGGACCACGAUGGCUUGCUCACCGAAUUCUACGGCGGCACCGUCAGCUACGGGCAUUCUUACCACUACUAUCAAAGACUCCUUGCGCAGAUCAAUCACCGGUAUCAAAACCUGGAUGUUCUCGAAAUUGGCGCCGGUACUGGGGGUGCGACACGGUAUUUCUUGAAUCACCAACAAAUCUCGUUCAACAGCUACACCUUCACGGAUAUCUCCAGCGCGUUCUUCGAGCAGGCGGCCAAGGAGUUCGAGCAGCAUGCGGACAAGAUGGAUUUCCGCCCGCUCGACAUCCGCCGUCCGCCCAGCGAGCAGGACUUCAAGCCCAACUCGUACGACUUGAUCAUUGCCUCCAACGUCCUCCACGCCACGCCGAGGCUCGAAGAGACUCUGGCCAAUGUGCGAUCACUGCUCAAGCCCGGGGGUCGGUUGGUGGUCAUUGAAGUGGCACACCGUGAGCACACUCGUAUCGGAUUCAUCUUCGGUCUGUUCCCGGAUUGGUGGGCUGGGCACGACGAAGGGCGUGUCCUUGAACCGUUUAUCUCAUAUGACCGGUGGGACACACUGCUGAGGAAGACGGGGUUUUCGGGAGUCGAUAGCCGCACGCUUGACCCGGACAGCAGGGUUUUCCCCAACGGCGUGUUCGCUACUCACGCGGUCGACGACCUGGUGCAAAGGCUGGACUCGCCACUGGCGGCCUCCGUCAAGGAGUCCUACGCGCCACUGGUGGUGAUUGGGGGUUCCUCGCCGAAGACGAGUGCGCUCGUGGCUCAGCUUCCAGUCAUCUUGCCAGCGCGCACAUGGGAGACUGUCCCCACCAUCCGGGAGAUCAUCGACUUCGACUAUCAGCCAGGGUCCACGUUUAUGGUGCUCUCGGAGCUGGAUCAGCAUACGUUUGCGCGGUUCGAUGAGGAGCAACUCGAUGCCCUGCAGACCAUCUUCAACGCCGCCAACCAUGUCCUGUGGGUCACGGAGGAUGCCUGGGUUGAGAAUCCUCAGCAAGCCAUGACCAUCGGCCUCCUUCGCACGCUCCGCAUGGAAUAUCCGGACGUGCAUAUCCAGGUGCUGGAUGUGAAGAAGGCAAAGGAUCUGCGACCCGAGGUGCUGGUUGAGACCGUUUUGCGGCUGGAAGAUGGUACGAACUGGCAGGAGAGCGGUAUUCUGUGGACAGAGGAGCCCGAACUGUACUUGUCUGAUGGCAACGUUGUUGUGCCGCGGCUCAAGCCGGAUGUCGACAGGAAUAAUCGACUGAACUCCGGCCGCCGUCCCAUUCUGGUCGAUCUGGAUCCGAGACAGGAGACGCUGACUCUGGAAUACGAUGACGAGGAGCCUUUCUUCAGGUUCCAUGAGGAGCGCUUUGUGCCCCUGGCUGUUGACGAGACCUUUGUGACGGUCCAGGUGGAGUACUCUCUUGCCAAAGCGAUCAGAAUCGGCCAGCUGGGCUAUUUCUAUCUGAUUCAGGGCAGGGUUGCUGGAUUCGACGGCACUGUGGUGGCUCUCUCUGAGACCAACGCUUCCUCUGUUCAAGUCGCUUCCCACCAGCUUGUUUACAUCACCAGCAAGGCAGAACUGACUACUUCUGUGCUUCCAGGCAUCGCAGCAGAACUCAUCGCACAGACCCUGCUGUCGGACCUUGCUGCCGGGUCAUCCGUACUGAUCUUUGAGCCCCCCAUGCUCUAUGUCGAGCCUCUGAGCCGUCGCGCAGCGGCUGCUGGUAUCCCACUCGCCUUCGUAUCCAUCAAGGCUGCUCCGGGGUCGGACGGUAUCCGGUGGAUCCGACUGCACGAGAAAGAGACGCAGCGUAACCUUCGCCAGAAGCUGCCGCUGAACGCUUCAGUGUUUUAUGAUUUGUCUCCCGAAAAAAAUCCCGCAAGCCUAAACCACCGGCUGGAGAGAUGCCUCCCGUCAAGCUGCUCUAUUCGCCGAAUCGACUAUUUGUUCCAGAACUUUGCUACGCCAAUUUCCGUCGAAAGUGCGGCCGCGUCUCAGUCUCUGGCGGAGGCUGUCAGAGUAGCAAACAAGGUCAGCAACAGCCACGGUGGGUCGAUAUUCAAGGGUGGUGAGAUACUAUCUUUGAGAGAGGGUCCGGAGGUGAAUGCAGUUGUCGACUGGAAGUCAGAUCAGAUCAUCCCCAGCCGUGUCCGGUCAAUGGAGACCGAUCAGAUAUUCGUGGACAAUAAGACGUAUCUGCUGAUUGGCCUUGCUGGUGAUCUGGGUCGUUCGAUUGCUCGCUUCAUGAUCGAGCGCGGCGCACGCCAUGUGGUCUUGUCAAGUCGCUCUCCUAAGAUUGACCAGCGCUGGAUCGACGACAUUACCGUGCUUGGGGGCAACGUGAUGGUUCUACCGAUGGAUGUUUCCAACGAGGCCUCGGUCGACGAAGGUCUCGCUCGAGUCCGGGCCUCUAUGCCGCCGAUUGCCGGUGUGGCCUUUGGACCACUUGUCCUCCAGGAUGUCAUGUUCAAGAACAUGGACCUGCCGAUGCUGGAGAUGGUGCUUGCGCCCAAGGUAACGGGAGCUCGUCUGCUCAACGAGCGUCUCUCGGAUCCUGCCAACCCGCUGGACUUCUUCGUCAUGUUCUCCUCCUUCGUCAUGGUCUCCGGCAAUCCGGGACAGGCGGCGUACAGCGCUGCGAAUGCAUACACGCACGCGCUUGCUCAGCAAAGACGCGCUCGGGGGAUGGCUGCAUCGACCAUCGACAUUGGCGCCGUGUUCGGUGUUGGCUUCAUUGCAAGAGCGGGACGCGAACACGAGUACGAUGUCGUCAAGUUCAUCUUCGACGAGGUCAACGAAUGGGAACUGCAUUCCCUCUUUGCAGAGGCCGUCGUUGCUGGUCGCAACUGGGAGACGACGGAUGUCGAGGUCAUCACCGGUAUGCCCUACAUGGAUCCUGCGAACCACGACCGAAUCCCCUACUUCGACGACCCACGCUUUGCGUAUUUCAAGCUGUCCGAUCACCACACCAACGGCGAGGACGCCGCUGGGGCGGUCGGGUCCGUCAAAGACCAACUUCUCAAGGCCGAGACUAUGGAAGACGUUCGCGCCAUCAUCCUUGACGGCCUCUCCGGCAGGAUCCGGGGAGCUUUACAGCUCACUGCUGCGGAUGAACUCAAUCUGACCGUGCCUCUGAUUGAUCAGGGCGUGGAUUCGCUCAGCGCCGUUACCGUCGGCUCAUGGUUCACCAAGAACCUGAGCAUCGAAAUUCCCCUUCUGAAGAUCCUUGGUGGUGCUUCGGCCGCUGACCUGAUCGACGAGGCUGUCUCCCGCUUGACACCUGAAGCUAUCCCCCUGGCUAAUUCUACGUUGUUGGAAGAUGCAGCACAGUCUGCCACCGAGGCGCAGCCUAUCCCGCCGUUGUCGACUGUGGGUGCGUCCGACGAAUCCUCGUUCUCUGUCGUCGACUACGACGAUGUUCCGACGCCCCCAUCUCCGCGCUCCUGCGAUGAAGAUGGCUUUGAACGACAAGUGCCACUUUCCCUCACGCAGGAGUACGCCUGGAAACAACAGCAACUUCCCCUGGAUCCGGCGACGUUCAACAGCACCAUCGGCAUCUACUUGCAUGGACCCCUCAAUCUGAACCGUCUCGGAUGGGCAUUCAAUCAAGCACUACAGCGGCACGACGCGUUCCGUACCUGUUUCAUCGCCGAUCCGGACGGCGCGGCGCAGCCCAUCCAAGCCAUCCUGCGGUCCCCGCGAGUGCACUUCGAAGUGGUCAAAGUGGCAGACAAAGCCGCCGCCGAGCAAGGGUUCAAGGAUCUGGAAAGCUACAAGUACGAUAUAGCGAAGGGCGACACCCGGAAGAUCGUCGUCUUCCAGUGGUCGCCCACCGAUCACCUUCUGAUCAUGGCCUACCAUCGUUUUGUCGGGGAUGGCUGGACGACCGAACGCCUCUUCGUCGAGGUCGGCCAGUUGUACGAGGGCGUCCAGCUGGAGGCGGCGCCGAGCUAUGCCGACUUCGCCCUCCGCCAGCGCAAGCAGCUCGAAUCCGGCGCAUUCACCGAGGACCUGCAGUAUUGGGGCGGCCUCUUCGAGACCCUUCCCGCUCGACUGCAGACCCUGAACGUCCCCGAGGCCCACGCGAGCGCCACGCCGACCACCUGGACCGAGCACGAGGUGUCCGCCCGCCUCAGCCGGAUGGUCGCCGUGCGCAUCAAGGACCGCAGCCGCAAGCACAAGGUGACACCGAUGCACUACUACCUGGCAUCGUACGUCGUGCUGCUGGCGCGCCUGUCCUCCAGCACGGACGUGGUCGUCGGCGUGGCGGACACCAACCGGCCCACGGGCACCGACCAGGCGACGAUGGGCUUCUUCGCUGACUUCCUGCCCGUGCGGAUGCACUACCACGCGGACCAGAUCUUCAACGAGGUCCUCAUGGCCACGAAGGAACAGAUGCGCGCGGCGCUACUGCACAGCGCCGUGCCCUACGGGGCGAUGCUCGAGCGGCUGGGGCUGCCGGCCCCCUCCGCAGCGGACCCGCACUCCCACGCGCCGCUGUUCCAGGCCGUCUUCGACUACAAGCAGGGCCAGGCGGAGAGCGGCACCAUCGGGGAGGCCAAGAUCGUGGACUCGCGCACCCCGCGCGCGGGAUCGCCGUACGAUAUCACCCUCGAGAUGAGCGAUGACCCGUCCAAGGACCCGUUGAUCACGGUCAAGUUGCAGGCGGGGCGGUACGGGCCCCGGGAUGCGGAGGUGGUCAUGGACGCGUACCUGUCCAUUCUCAGUAUCUUUUCGAGGAACCCAGCGCUAAGGGUGGAAGAUGGACGUUUGGAUCAGGGGGCUAAGUCGAGGGCUUGAUGGAGCGGUGGUAGUGCAGUAUUGUGCAUUUGAGCUGUGAUCUUCGCCCCAUCAUGAAUAUAUAUUCAUCUACAUCACUUGUUCAACAGCAUCAAAUUCCCUCCCGCCGGAAUAGGGGAUUCAUAAGAUAUCACGAUCACAC